AUGGCUCGCGGACCGAGUGCGAAACGGAGGCGCUUGAGCCCUCCGGCAGACGGCAAAGCGUCGCGAAAUGCUGAGCUGUACAGCGGCGCUGACGAAUGGGACGCGGAGCAAGACUACGAGCGUCGCCCGCGCAAGGCGAGCAAAAAAGACAACGAGCGCACUCGACUGCCUAUCAAGACCUCCGAAGGCGUUGUUCACGCAGUCGAAGAUGUUGAGGAAGCCGGAGAUGAGACUGAUAGUUUCUUGGGUACCGACGAUGACGAGAUGGAGGACGGAUCGGAAGGUGAAGACAGUGAAGAGGAGGAGGAAAUUGAGAAAAAGCCGAAGAUUCCUGUGAAGGUCCAAAUUCUUCAAGCAAAGGAGGACCUAGCUCGUAUCGCCACGUCAAUCAACGAAGAUCCCGAGGAGAACAUCGCUCUUUUUAAGACCAUGGCCGAUAUGGUGGACAAGGAGGGCGCCCCUGUGACGGUCCGAAAAUUGGCUUUGGCUGCGCAGGCUGCAGUCUACAAGGAUGUCAUUCCAGGAUAUCGCAUUCGUCCUCUGAGUGAAGAAGAUAUGCAAGGGAAGCACUCAAAAGAAGUACGCAAGCUGCGCAAUUUCGAGCAGUCAUUGGUUUCUGGGUACAAGAACUACGUCCAGAAGCUGGCCACGCUCUCAAAGCCUGGACGAGCCAAUGCGGACACCGAUCCUGGCUUGAAAAGUCUUGCUAUCAGCUGUGCGUGCACUUUGCUACAGGCCGUUCCCCAUUUCAACUUCCGCAGCGAGCUGGUUAAGAUUCUCGUCAACCGUCUUGCCAGAAAGCAGGUGGACGGUGAUUUUGUCAAGUGCCGGGAAACGAUGGAAGAGAUUUUCACCAAGGAUAACGACGGAGUUGUCUCUCUGGAGGCAGUGCGACUUCUUUCAAAGAUGAUGAAGGCACGGGAGUUCAACAUUAAUGAGAGCGUCCUCAAUACCUUCCUGCACCUCCGCCUUCUUGGCGAGUUUUCAAGGAAGGCAUCGCGAGACAGGGUGGACCGCGAAGAGCCCGAGGAUGAAAAGACAUUUGGAAAGAAGCAAAAGCAGAAGCGCGAGUUCAGGACCAAACGAGAACGCAAGGUCAUGAAGGAGCGCAAGAUCGUCGAGAAAGACAUGAAGGUCGCUGAUGCCUUGGUCUCUCACGAGGAGAGGGACAAGAACCAGGCCGAGACUCUGAAGCUUGUGUUUGGUGUCUACUUCCGCAUUCUGAAGCAGCGAAUUCCUAAUCUCAUGGGUCCCGUACUUGAGGGUCUCGCCAAAUACGCUCAUUUGAUUAAUCAGGACUUCUUCGGAGACCUUUUGGAGGCGAUGAAAGACCUCAUUGGCCACGCUGAGCGUGAUGAGCUCGAUCAAGCCGACGAAGAUGUCUCUGAAGAUGAGGAGGAUGAAGAGGAAAACGAAGAUGAACUUCACAAGGCCGAACCCACAAAACGGGACGCUCGCCGUGAGACCCUUCUUUGCACAAUCACAGCCUUUGCCCUGCUCGAAGGCCAAGAUGCCAGCAAAGCUGCCAGCACCUUACACUUGGAUUUAAGUUUCUUCAUCAAGCAUCUUUACCGCUCACUCUACGCUCUGUCUAUGAAUCCGGACGUGGAGUACAACCCUAAUACUUCACUCCGUCUUCCCGACCCCAACUCCGCCGAAGAGCAGGCGGCCGCCCAGCUGAAGGCCAACAACAAGGUCAACUUCCAAACACCAAUGGUCCUGCUGCUUCGUUGCCUCCAGUCAGCCUUACUGUCUCGAGCUCACGGCACACCUCCCCCGGUUCGUUUGGCUACUUUUUCCAAGCGUCUGAUGACGACAUCUCUCCAACUUCCCGAGAAAUCAGCCAUUGCAACUCUUUCGUUGAUGAACCAAGUCACCAAGCAUCAUGCCCGCCGAAUUUCAUCGCUAUGGCACUCGGAUGAGCGCAAGGGGGACGGUGUCUUCAAUGCAUACGCUACGGACGUGGAGGCCACGAACGUUUAUGCGGGCUCGGUAUGGGAAGGAGAGCUGUUGCGCCAUCACUACUGUCCCCAGGUGAGGGAAUCAGUAAUUGACAUUGAAAAGAUGAUGACCGGAACUGGUGUAAAAUAG